ACGCAUACAUGCGGGGUCGUCCCAAACAGAGAACCUUUCGACGUGAGUCAACAAGAACUCACCAAAGAAAACCGGGAAACAUCGGACCUCAGUUGGCUGCAAGAAAAGGAGGAGGUGUCUCGCGCGCGCUCUUGGUCCCUCUCUCUCUUUUCUCUCUCUCUCGCCUCUGUAUUCAUGUGUGCGUGUGGGUCCCGGCGCGUGUGUGUGUGUCUUUCUUUCUCUCUCAAUCAAGCGCUGCUGCUUGCCUGCCACCAGAGCCAAGAGUUGCCGUGCCGCGCGCGCCGGUGCCAAAGCGCGCAGGAGGAGCCAGUGCCAAAGGGUCAUUUUAGCGCAGCAUUGUUGAGACGGAAGGACUGCAGGGAACCCCUAAAAGCAAACAGCUGCGAUUCUGACCCCCUUCAGACACAACAAAAUUCAAUUUCAGAUCAAUAAAUUUGGAGCGAGGAUCCAUCAGCUGCUUCUGCCUCCUCACGGUCGCCGCAGAGGUGGGCAGUCCAGGAUUUUUGAACGAUUUCUCCCCUUAAAGUCAAGUCAUCGCUUUCUGAUUCCCGCGCGUGCCUGAUCCAGGUGUUGCGUCCUUCAAACAAGCAGGACUCUUUAAAAAACAAAACAAGAAGAAGAAGCGGUCAAGCGUCCUUGUUGUGUCCGCUUCACCUGCAAAGUUGCAGAGAAAGACUAAGACGGAGAGGAUAGCGCACGACUGCAAGGGGGACGGCAGGUCACCAGACCGACACCACGGUCCAAGCCGACUCCAAGUGCCGUUCACCGGGCGAUGCCAGAGUAAAUGCCGGGGCAAUGUCCCGCCGCAAGCAGGUGAACCCGCAGCACUUAUCGUUGACGCACAGAGAGACCGUACAAGCAGAAGCCAACCAUGAACCAGGAACGGGUUCUCUAUCUCCGGAGCCGUCCAGCCCCCGGAGAUUGGGGGAGCACGACCUGCUGACCUGCGGUCAGUGCCAGGCCAACUUCCCCCUGGGCGACAUCCUGGUUUUCAUAGAGCACAAGCGCCGCCAGUGCCGGGGGCCCGGCGUCGGGCCGCAGGCCUUCUCCAAGCCGGGAGAUGCCGGCGGCGGAGUGGUGGGCGUCGCCUUCUCGCCCAGGGCCAGGUCUCUGGAUCUGGGGAGGGGUCCGGUGGAAGUGGGGAUCCAAGUGACUCCGGGAGGAGAGGAGGACGAGGAGAGGAGGCUGACCCCGGCCAAGGGGAUUUGCCCCAAACAGGAGAGAGGAGAUAAAGACGAACCAUCCAGCUACAUCUGUACCACCUGUAAGCAGACCUUCACCAGUGCCUGGUUCCUGCUUCAACAUGCCCAGAACAUCCACGGCAUCCGCAUCUACCUUGACAACCAUCUCGCCAACUGUUCGCUCACCCCUCGCAUGGCUCUGCCUCCCCCCCCAGGAGCCGACGCACUGCCCCGCUCCCCGCUUCCGACUUUCCUCGGCGACGCCAACAACCCCUUCCACCUCCUCCGCAUGGCUGCGCCCUUGCUCAGGGAUCACCACCCUCCCCCGGGGUACAUGGAAACCCGGCUGCCUGCGACUCCGCCCUUCGUGAGCCCCCCACCACCCCCCAGGGCACCGAUGGAUCGGCUGGGUCCAGAGGAAAUGGGGCUGCUGUCGCAGCACCCCAGUGCCUUUGAGAGAGUGAUGAGGAUGACCCCCAUGGAGCCCCCGUCCAUGGAUUUCUCCCGUCGGUUGAGGGAACUGGCAGGUAACACCACCAACAACGGUGGGCCCACUCCUCCUCUCUCCCCAAACCGCGUGCCCCCCAUGCACCGGCUCCUGAGUCCGACGCUGUUCCAGCCCGGGGCCAAGCCUCCCAGUUUUCUCCCAUUUCCAAUGCAGGCACCCACCCCCCAAGGCAGGCAUGGCUCUUCCAGUCCUCCAGACCCACAGGGUCAGAACCAGGCCCAGGCCAAAGCCAAAUCCUGCGAGUUCUGUGGCAAGAUCUUCAAGUUCCAGAGCAACCUGAUCGUCCACAGGCGCAGCCACACGGGAGAGCGGCCCUACAAGUGUCACCUGUGCGACCACGCCUGCUCCCAGGCCAGCAAGCUGAAGAGGCACAUGAAGACGCACAUGCACAACAAAUCCGGGACUAUUUCCGGCUCUCCUGAACAGGAAAGCAGAGGAGACGGAGGAGAAGGGGACGACAAAAACAGGGACGGUGAACCCAGAGGGAUGGGCAUGGACAAUGAGGAGGAUGAGGAGGAAGAGGAAGAAGAAGAGGAGGAGGAGGAGGAGGAAGAAGAAGAGCUAAGGAACGGCAGUCGGCCAGAUUCCAACUUAAGCGAGGACUCCCAGGAAUUUGCGCCGAACAGAGAGAACGGCCCCAGAGAGUCUCCGGAGGUGAAAUCCCUGAGCGGGGACAGAGUCAACGACGGCGGCGGCGUGGGCAUCCUCCACCCAUACAACCACCUGGACAAUCACCUGAGAAUCAACCCCAACAAGAGAGGCUUGGAGAGGCAGCCAAACGGGGAUGGAGGAGAGAGGGAUGAAGCCGAAAGGGAGAACGAGAGGGAGCCGGACAGGGAGGGGGACAAGCAGGACGAUCCGAGGCCCCAGAUGAACGGCAGGAUCAGUGUCUCUGAAGCAAAUUCCUUUCCCGGGCUUUUCCAGCGUCGGCCGACCCCGAUUACCAGUCCGAGUCCCUCCAACAACAAGAGGAUCAAGAUAGAGAAAGAACAGCUGGAGAUGCCCCCGACCUUACCCCUGAUCUCCCCAGAAAACGUCUACUCCCAGCUGCUGGCGGGCUACGCAGCGUCACGCCACUUCAUUCGAGAACCUUUCCUGGGAUUCACCGAUUCCCGGCAGUCGCCGUUCGGCACCUCGUCCGAACACUCCUCCUCUGAGACUGGAAGCCUGCGCUUCUCCACUCCACCCGGCGAGCUGAUCGAAGGCGGGAGCGCUUCGGGGCGCAGCGGGAGCAGCACCCCUCACCUCCUGCGGGGUCCCGGACCGGGCCGCCCUCCCAGCUCCAAGGAGAGGAGGAACGACACCUGCGAGUACUGCGGCAAGGUGUUCAAGAACUGCAGCAACUUGACGGUCCACCGGCGCAGCCACACGGGGGAGCGGCCGUACAAGUGCGAACUGUGCAGCUACGCCUGCGCGCAGAGCUCCAAGCUGACGCGCCACAUGAAGACCCACGGCCAGUACGGGAAGGAGGUGUACCGCUGCGACAUCUGCCACAUGCCCUUCAGCGUGUACAGCACGCUGGAGAAGCACAUGAAGAAGUGGCACGGCGAACAUUUGAUGGCCAGCGAGGUCAAACUGGAACAAGCGGACAGAGGUUAAGCCAGCAACCAUCAGCAUACAGUAUCCACGCACACCGACAAACACAUCCUUACACUCACUCAACGGGGCUUGGCUGGAUUAUUCCUCUCUUGAUAAGAAAUCCGAUUAAUUGAUCUUCUUUUUUGAAACUGCCACCUGAGAAUAUAAACAAAUAGAAACUUUAAUAAGAACUCGCCUGGAAGGUCCAACCUGGCCCUUCUUGGUGAGCUGCUGGAGGAUUUUUUUCAGUUACAAAUCCAAGGAGCCUUUCUACUGUGCAAUAAUUUCUGUAUUUAUUGGAUUUUUGUAAUGAUAUUUGGCAUGUGCAGGUACAUCUUUGUGGGAUUUCAAAUGGAGUUUUAAAAUGUGCUAAAACGUUUUUAUUCUAAAAACUGAGAAGAGGUCAUCCUUAAAGAAAAUGUUCUUUUUUUUUCUUCCUGUAAGGAAGUUUAUUAUCCUGUGAGAGUAAAUUAGUGUGAGUUUUUAAAAAAAAGAUUAUUGUUUUCUAUAUUACCUGCAGCAGCGGAUUACAAUCCAUUCCCUCAUACAGGCCUAUAGCACUGAAUGUCAGCCUGACAAUAAAAUCGAUACUGGAUUUUAAAAAUCCAACCUGAUAAUAAUUUAUUCAGGGAAUUUGUCCUUUUUAGAAAAAAAAAAAAUUGGCAAUUUAUGAAAUAAUUUCAAAAUGCAGUUACUGUAUUGCCGUCCUCUCUUUGGGUGAGGACAUAAAUAAAGGUUGCACUUAGUGGAUUUACCCUUAACUGACGCUUGGUACAUUCCUGAUGUAGGACUAAACCACCAUAUUUAAUGUAUUGACUAAGUUGAGACUACUCGUGAUUAAUGUGAGAAGGAGAACAUUCCUGUUUAUGGUUUGUAAAUAUGUUCUUUUUUGAUAUGUUUAAGUAGCCCUGACUGUACAUGAUAGACGGCCUAAAUGUAAACAAUCAGAGGACCAGCUGCUUGCAUCAUCCACAGUAUAUGCUACAAUAUUUCUUUAUUUGAUUACCUCCCCCACCAACUCAUACCAUGUGUUUCUUAAAAAAAAAAGAGCUACUUCAACACUUUCUCAAUCCCUCUCGUGUUCUGGUUGAAUUUCUGCAAAACAAAUUCAGAGUCAGUUUGUGUCCUUUGGGGAUUUUAUGAAAUGAAAAAAAAAGGUCGUAUGAGUUAUGAUAAUUUCGAGCAGGGCUACACUAGGGGAUGGCCAGACGACCUUGAGUACGGCUAUUCUCGUAGCAAAAAAAAAAAAAAAAAAGAAGAUGUGUGAGAAAGUAAAUGGAGGGAAGACCUUGACCAGGGAGAAUAGUCAUUCAAAUGAAAUUGCAAGCAUAUGAAACAUUUUUUUUUGUACUCAAUUGCACAUCUACUGGCCACAUCUUAUAACAAACCAGCAGAUUGAGACGGAGUGAGCGUGAGAGGGAGGGAGACGGCGAAACCACAUGAAAGAGCAGCCGGAGCACAUCUCUCAUUCUAGCACUGCAGUUGUCAGACGCGAAAAUCGGCGUUUGCGGAGUUUGACCCGCCACUUUGGCCUAUUUUCAGGUUUUAUCUCUUCCACUUUGCUUUAAUGUAAAAAAUAAACUUGCCGUGCUUUAAAAGCAGAUUUUUUUUUUUUUUUUUUGUGGUUUCGACCCCCCCCCCCCGAGACUCAGAGGAUGCUCACACAUGCAUGAGAGUCACAAUCAAGGUGCUGUUUGAAACACAGAGAGUCGUCACAAUGAGCCAUAAAAAACCCAAAUCACUCAUGGACAUUCAGUCUUACAAUAUGUUUACAUCGUUGAAGUAUGCCAUUAAUGAAAGACUCUGUGUUUUAGUGUUUUAAAAUGAUGAUAAAAGUAUUGUUUUCUCCGAUACUCUUACAGUUUAUUUGACCGCCAUAGCAUUUUCUAUGAUUAUCCUGGUGGAGGGGUUUUAUCUACAUGAGUAUGUUUCUGUAUGAUUGCUUGUUCACUGUAUGGAUGUUUUUUUUAUUGUAAUUUUGCCAAAUCAUGGAAGAUUUUAUUUUAAUCUUUUUGUUGUUUUAAAGCUAUCCAUCAUGGAUGUAAAACAAAUGAGAAGAAGCAACCUUCAGCUGGAGAAUACAAUGAGUUUUUUUUAUUUUUUUGUUGCCAGAUAUGUUUUCGGAGGCUGUUUUGUUUUGAUGCUUUCCUCCUGUUUGGUUGAAGGUCUUGUGAUGGCACUUAGAGCUGUAUUUUAUUUUAUUUUUCUCAUAUUUGGCGUUUCACAACUUUCACUAACACUCUUUGUACAAAUUUUUAUUAUUUUCUUUGGUUUUUCUUCUUUUUUGGGCGGGGAGGGAGUGCAUCAUUGUGGAAAAAAAAGGUAAUUUCAAAACAGUACACAUCUGCUGUUUUGAACAUAUAUGUAUUUUUGUAAUGUGUUGAAAAAUCAAUACAAGAAAGCCAACACUUCAAUAAAUGUUGCAAUUGCUCUAUGAUGGAA